AGAGAAUCGGUGGCCCCCAAGCUAUGGUCUGAAUAACGACAGAGGGAGGCUGCGUGAGAGGAGCACGAACAAUGACACCCUUCAAUUAAUAUUCAUUUUCUGUGUAUUUUUAUUGUGGUGGAAAAGGUGGAGCGAAAUCGGGAAAACCAUAUACGAGAGAAAAAAAAUGGAAAAGAAAAGCAUGGUGGUGAUGAGGCCUUAGAAACGCAUCCAACACAUCAAUCAACAGAAGCUGCGGAGCAACAGCAACAGCAACCGGAGAAGAAGAAGAAGAAGAAGAAGAGAGAUCUAGGGUUGGUUUUCUUCUUCAUGCAAGUGCCAGACUCAUCGAUGUUGAUUUCUUAUUCCAUUACAAGUUUCGAUUAGAAUUCCUUUGUUGGUCAAGAAUUCAGGUAAACGUGGUGUUAAUUUGAAGAUACCAACCAGGCCAGGGUUGAAUCUUCUUCCAGUUUCUCCUCGCGGCCAAGAGGGAAGAUGAUACUUUCAUGGUUCUCAAAGUGGAGGGCAAAAAAUUCGGCUGCAGAUCUGCUUAGUUCAGUAAUUUGCUGGAGCAAGUGAGGAAGAUAACCAGAGAAAAGGAGGCACAGCGUUUUUAGAGUUACUAGUCGAAAGCAGAAAGAUGGCUGCUGGUCCUCCUGUGAAGAAGUCGUUUGAAGUGAUGGAAGAAGAAAGAUGUAUAGGCUCCGCAACAAACCAGGUCAAGCAACAGUCAACAUCUUCACCGGCUACGACAAGCGCACCUCAAAAGAAGAAGAGAAAUCUCCCUGGAACACCAAAUCCAGAUGCGGAAGUGAUUGCACUGUCACCCAAGACCCUGAUGGCCACAAACAGGUUCAUAUGUGAGGUUUGCAACAAAGGGUUUCAGAGGGAACAGAACCUACAGCUCCACAGGAGAGGCCACAAUCUUCCAUGGAAGCUGAGGCAGAAAUCAAACAAAGAGGUCAAGAAGAAGGUCUAUCUUUGUCCAGAACCCACAUGCGUCCACCAUGACCCAUCAAGGGCGUUAGGUGACCUCACUGGCAUCAAGAAACACUAUUCCAGGAAACAUGGCGAGAAGAAAUGGAAGUGUGAGAAGUGCUCUAAGAAAUAUGCAGUUCAGUCUGACUGGAAAGCCCACUCCAAGACAUGCGGUACAAGAGAGUAUAGAUGCGAUUGCGGAACCCUAUUCUCAAGGCGUGAUAGCUUCAUCACUCAUAGGGCAUUCUGUGAUGCACUGGCACAAGAGAGUGCAAGGCUUCCAACUGGGCUAAGCACGAUCGCAGGGCAGCUAUACAACAACAGCAGCAGCAACAGCGUGGGUUUAGGACUGUCUCAGAUCGGUUCUCUAGCAGAUCAAACUCAUUCUUCUGCUAAUAUCCUCAGGCUUGGUGGAGCAGGAGCAACACAAUUCGACCAACUACUCCCACCUAAUUUUUCAUUUCGAUCGCCGCAGCCACCACCUUCGUUCUUCUCUUCCUGCAAUGGCGGUGGCGGCAGCUCUAAUCAGGAUUUCCAUGAGGACGCCCAAGCUCAGCAAGGACUGCUCCAGAGCAAACCUCCCACUUAUCCCGGAUUGAUGCAGCUGCCCGACUUAUCGAGUAACAGCACAAAUAGCUCAGCUGCGAAGGUGCCAAACAACGUCUUCAGUCUCAGUUUCCUCUCGCAGAACAGCAAUGGCGGCAACAAGCAGGGUGACGGGAGAACCAACGUCUUGCUUCAGGACCAGUUCAGUGGCAGUAUCAUGAGUGACCACAUGACCUCAUCUGUGCCUUCGCUUUACAACUCCCAGCUACAGGUUGACACAGUGGUCCCUCAGAUGUCAGCCACUGCGCUGCUUCAAAAAGCUGCUCAAUUGGGUGCAACCACCAGUGCUGGGAACCAGCUGAGAACGUUCAACAGCUCCACCCCAAAGGGCACCACAAGCCAUGACACGUCCUCCGCCGGGAUAGGCCUGCAGUGGCAGGAGCAAAGGCCGCCAUCAUCGCCAUCUUCGUCAUCUCUGCCCACUGCAACUCAGAGCCCUCCGAGCAGCAGGACUCAGCUGCUACCAACGUCACUCCCCAUCAAGGGCCUUGACCAGAUGAGAGCCAAUGUCAGCAUUGGGCAGGAAACCCACUUCCAGGAAUUCAUGAAUUCGCUGGUGAAUGGCAGUAGUUCCAUGUUUGGGGGUGACGCUAGAGGUAUUGAUGAGUUUGUAGAAUACAACGGUAGCCAUAGAAUGAACUUGCAGCUCCAGCACAGGGCAAACCAUGUUUCCAAUUUACAGGAUUCUAUGGAGGGAAAGCUACACCAGAAUGGUGGUGCUUCGUCUUCGAACGUGGCGGGCACAGAUGAGAUGACUAGAGACUUUCUUGGUGUUGGAGGGAUGAGCAGAGGGUUUAUUGGAGGUGGGUUCACUCAUAGGGAUCAGCAGCAACACCACACCAUGAAUUUGGUUUCUUUCGAUUCGGAAAUGAAGUCACUGGCUAGGUCCUAUAGUGAGAGGAUGCAGUGAAGAAGGCACAUGCAGUGCGAGCACUCCGAAAAACAUGGAGAGAAAAGGAGAAAAGGGUAUACAGGGGUUGCUGCUGUCAUGGCUGAUGAGAACUGCUGGGACGAAAUGCAAAGGCAUGUUCUAGGUGAUUAGCCAGAUGGUAGACUUGCAUGCAAAAUGCAGGUUAUUAUACUUGCAGUGCUCAAAAAGCACGAUAGUACACUGACCGGUUCAAGCCAUGGAAUACUCAUAAGCCACAGAUACUGUCUAUCAUUUGUUGUUUUGUUCUUCUCUUCGUUUUCUGUAUCAGCUUUUCCUUUUUCUUCAUUCCCUUCUUUUUCCUUGUCGCUAGCAAUUGAGAGGGAAAACAAUCUUUGAAUUUUCUGCCUCCAA